CUCCCCAGGAAUAUGAUUGAAAACAGCAUGUUUGAGGAAGAACCAGAUGUGGUAGACUUAGCCAAAGAGCCCUGUUUACAUCCUCUAGAGCCUGAUGAGGUGGAAUAUGAGCCCCGGGGUUCAAGACUGCUGGUGCGGGGUCUUGGUGAGCAUGAGAUGGAUGAGGAUGAAGAGGAUUAUGAGUCAUCUGCAAAACUGCUGGGCAUGUCCUUCAUGAACAGAAGCUCAGGCCUUCGGAACAGUGCCACCGGCUAUAGGCCAAGCCCAGAUGGGACUUGUUCUGUACCGUCUGUGAGGACCAUGGCGGUCUGUGUUUUUCUUAUUGUGGUUGCUGUUUCUAUAAUCAUGGUGAUUUAUCUGCUACCCAGAUGUACCUUUACCAAAGAAGGCUGCCAUAAAAGAAACCAGUCAAUGGGACUAAUUCAGCCACUUGCAACAAACGGAAAGUUGUUUCCGUGGGCCCAACUCAGGCUUCCCACCGCCGUUAUGCCCCUACGCUAUGAACUUAACCUACACCCAAACCUAACCUCGAUGACAUCCAAGGGUUCUGUGACCAUUUCACUUCAGGCUCUUCAGGCCACGUGGAAUAUCAUUCUUCACAGUACAGGCCAUAAUAUUUCGAGAGUGACCUUCAUGUCAGCAGUUUCAAGCCAAGAGAAACAAGUUGAGGUCUUGGAAUACCCAUUUCAUGAACAAAUUGCCAUUGUUGCCCCUGAAGCCCUUCUUGAAGGACACAAUUAUACCUUGAAGAUAGAGUAUUCGGCGAAUAUAUCUAGUUCUUACUAUGGGCUUUAUGGAAUCUCCUACAGAGGUGAAAGUAAUGAGAAAAAGUACUUUGCAGCAACUCAGUUUGAACCCCUGGCAGCAAGAUCUGCUUUUCCUUGUUUUGAUGAACCAGGAUUUAAAGCCACAUUUAUCAUCAGGAUCAUAAGGGAUGAGCAAUAUACUGCUUUAUCAAAUAUGCCUAAGAAUUCAUCAGUCAUCAUGGAAGAUGGACUUGUUCAGGAUGAGUUUUCUGAGAGUGUGAAAAUGAGCACUUACCUUGUUGCAUUCAUUGUUGGGGAGAUGAAGAACCUGAGUCAGGAUGUAAAUGGAACCCUGGUAUCUAUAUAUGCUGUACCAGAAAAGAUUGGUCAAGUUCACCAUGCCUUGGAAACAACUGUGAAGCUUCUUGAAUUCUAUCAAAAUUACUUUGAAAUUCAAUACCCACUUAAGAAAUUGGAUUUGGUGGCUAUUCCUGACUUUGAAGCAGGAGCAAUGGAAAAUUGGGGUUUGCUCACCUUCCGAGAAGAAACACUUCUGUAUGACAAUAAUACUUCUUCAGUAGCGGACAGAAAACUGGUUACUAAAAUCAUUGCUCAUGAGCUAUCCCAUCAGUGGUUUGGUAAUCUGGUUACAAUGGAGUGGUGGAAUGAUCUGUGGCUGAAUGAAGGGUUUGCUACUUUCAUGGAGUAUUUCUCUUUGGAAAAAAUAUUCAAAGAGCUCUCCAGUUAUGAAGAUUUCUUAGACGCUCGAUUUAAAACCAUGAAGAAAGAUUCCCUGAAUUCAUCUCAUCCAAUAUCAUCAUCAUCUGUUGAGUCUUCAGAACAGAUUGAAGAAAUGUUUGAUUCUCUUUCCUAUUUUAAGGGAGCUUCCCUCUUGUUGAUGCUGAAAACUUAUCUUAGUGAAGAUGUAUUUCAACAUGCUAUUGUUUUUUACCUGCAUAAUCAUAGCUAUGCAUCCAUUCAAAGUGAUGAUCUGUGGGAUAGUUUCAAUGAGAUCACAAACAAAACACUAGAUGUAAAGAAAAUGAUGAAAACCUGGACCCUGCAAAAAGGAUUUCCUUUAGUGACUGUUCAAAGAAAAGGAAAGGAACUUCAUGUACAACAAGAAAGAUACUUUUUAAAUAUUAAGCCUGAAAUUCAGCCUUCAGAUACAAGCUAUCUCUGGCAUAUUCCAUUGUCCUGUGUCACUGGGGGAAGAAAUUACUCAAAAUAUCCAUUGGUAUUUUUACUGGACAAGAAAUCAGAUGUCAUCAAUCUUACAGAAGAAGUGCAGUGGGUCAAAGUCAAUACAAACAUGAAUGGCUAUUAUAUUGUACAUUAUGAGGAUGAUGAUUGGGAAGCACUAAUCAAACAGCUGAAAACAAAUCCUUAUGUCCUGAGUGACAAAGACCGAGCCAACCUCAUCAACAACAUCUUUGAACUUGCAGGCCUAGGCAAGGUAUCUCUUCAGAGGGCCUUUGAUUUGAUUGAUUACCUUGGAAAUGAGACCUAUACCGCACCCAUCACUGAAGCCCUGUUCCAGACCGGCCUCAUCUAUAACCUCCUUGAAAAGCUGGGAUACAUGGAUCUGGCCUCAAGAGUGGUGACCAGGGUAUCUAAAUUACUUCGAAGCCAAAUCCGGCAGCAGACUUGGACUGAUGAAGGCUCCCCGUGUGCCCGGGAGCUUCGGUCAGUCUUGCUGGAGUUUGCUUGCGUCCACGGCCUCGAGAACUGCAGUGCCACAGCCAUGACGCUGUUUGAUGACUGGGUGGCCUCCAAUGGAACUCAAAGCCUACCUACUGAUGUCAUGAGUACUGUGUUCAAGGUUGGAGCAAAAACAGAGAAAGGCUGGUCAUUCCUAUUAAGCAAGUAUGUCUCUGUAGACUCUGAAGCAGAGAAGAAUAAAAUACUUGAAGCUCUUGCCAGCUCAGAGGAUGUACGGAAACUUUACUGGUUAAUGAAAAAUAGCCUCAGUGGAGAUAUUAUCCGAACACAAAAGCUGUCAUUCAUCAUUAGAACAGUUGGCCGACAUUUUCCUGGACACUUGCUGGCAUGGGAUUUUGUCAAAGAGAACUGGAACAAGCUUGUACAGAAGUUUCAUCUGGGGUCCUAUACCAUACAAAGUAUUGUUGCUGGGUCGACACACCUGUUUUCAACAAAGGCGCAUUUGUCUGAGGUCCAGGCGUUCUUUGAAAAUCAGUCAGAGGCAACCUUUCGGCUUCACUGUGUCCAGGAGGCUUUGGAAGUCAUCCAGUUGAAUAUCCGAUGGAUGGAAAAGAACCUCAAAACUCUGACAUGGUGGCUCUAGCAUGCACAGCUGCGCCCCAUUUUGUCGCCCAUUCAGAGAGCUUGUUAACGUGGGCUCUGCUGCUUUUGCAAAAAGCCAAGGUGAAGCCAGAAUUGCUGCCAAGUUGUUGGCACUCUUAGGAGUUCUAGUUCGCUCAGGGCCCAUCUGUAUUUUUCAUCUGUCUUUCUCGAAUUGUCUUUGGGCAGUAUGUAGUUAUUUAUUACAAAAUUAUAUGCACCUGUAUGCCAACAUCUACAAAAACAGUGAGUAAUUUUUCUACUUUGAAGAUACGCAAAUGGGGGAAAAACCUCCGUUUUGGCAUUCUGUUCGGUUUCUCAGUAUCCGGAAAGUACUGACACAGUGCAACAAGGAUCUACCGUGGGAGCCGUCAUCUUUGCAGGCGCUGCUUUGUCAGCCAUUUGUUGCUUCUUAGUGAUAGACGAUAGAUGUUACUUGAAUGUGGUACAGAACUUAGCUUCAAAAGCUAUGGCAAUGAAGUCGACGCAUUGUACAGCUGUUAGAAAACCGAUCUCAGGUGUGCAGAUCUACUUGGUUUGAGGUUUUGAUUAAUCCUUUAUUUUCUGAAACAAAGUUUAAAUAAGAUCUAUAACUUAUAUUUUUUUUCUUCAGGACAGCCAGGUGCUACAGAAUUUUUAAAUUUUUGUUGUACUGAAAAGCUAAGUAACAAGGACAAAAGAUUAAAUUUUCCAAAUAGGUAAUACUUAUUUUUUCAUCUUUUAGGAAAAUGUUUCAAACUGAGUUAGCUUUAAUUAUAAUUAUUUUAUUUAUGAAUUCCAGUAUUCUCCAAAUCUGUACACCUUUAUCACUCCCUGCCAUAGGUAUAUCUUACGUUAUAGAGGAAUAUGUCUACAUUUAUGGCAAGCAUUUUGUUAAUACUGUUGUCUUUUACCAUGACUAUCACUGUUACUAGAAUUAGUUUAGGUUGCCUUUGACAUUACCUGAUCAUAGACACUUUCUCUGUGAGUCAUACUCAUGUGUAGAUUUUCAUGUUAUAUGGUAGCAUAUAUUAGAAGCAUAUUUUAAAAUAGGGUCUUUGAGAAAUUGAACAUUUUUAUUUGAAGUUCACCAUAGUACCUUAAAGGAAUAAAGAGAAUGUGGGAUAGGAGUAACUUGAUUCAGAUUUAAUAUGGUGGGCUUUGAAUUUUUUCUACUAUCAAAAUAGUACUUUUCUUUAGUUGAAAAAUCAGUGGGUUUUGUUUGUUUUGUUUUAUUUUGUUUUUUUUCAUGGCCAAAGUAGCUGAUUAAAAGGAAUGGCCAAGAAAAGAAAGAAAAGGGAAGAUUUCCAAAACUGUAUGGCAUUUUCACUCCUUGUAAAGGAGAAAUACUGUACUUGAAUUUUUUGAGCUAUGCAGACUUAGCAUCUAGAUUGUUGAGUUUCUUUGAUUCUUAGGGGAAAAGCUUUCUUCCUAAUAAUUUUUGAGUACUUUAUAUUUUCUUUGAAAACAUCUUCUGUGUACAUAAAAAGGGUAGAUACCCAUUUGUGAGCACUUAAAACACUCCAGAGAAUCAAUGGGAAAGGUCACCUUUUUUAAGUUAGCAGGUAUACAGUGAAAAUAUGUGGGAUUGUGUAUAAAAUUAUAUUUUACUUUAUGAAAAUAUUUUUAUAUAACAGAAUUUAAAAUGCUGGCAAGCUGAAAGGUAGCUUUCUUUAAUCCUAGUGUGUUUUUUCCCAAUUUAGUCUUUUCUAAACAUUUACCUCUGGUUCAGAGUACAAACUAUUAUAUCCUGAGAAUUGCAGAAUCCUCUAAAGAUGUCUUAUUGAAACUGGGGUGAUUGUAGGUCUUUAUUCCUCUUGUGCUUUAGCAGAUGAAUGAUACUUU